AUGAAUUCCAAUCCCAUUCAAAACGGAGCAACUCCUCAACCACAACACCAGGGCCAGCUUAUUCGACACCAGAUCUUAGCCACCCUUCGCAGUAAACCUACGCCUCCGGGUUGGCAGCGCACCUUCCGCCUCGAAAAUCGUGUCUCUUGCAUCGAGCAAAUCCUGACGCAGCUUUCUUUGUUGAAGCCAGACCUGACACCACAGAAAGUUUUGGACGUGGCGUUCAAUUUCGAAGAGCGGGAAUUCAAUAAUUCGUCUGAUGAGAAUGCCUACCGUCAAGCGUGUCAUAGGAAAUUUCAAGAAAUAGCCCAGACAAGGCAAAAUCAGGCCGGUGUACAAUUCCCACGGACCAUGAAUCCAUCCGGGCAGGGGUUCAACCCUCAGCAGCAAGCAAUGUUCCAACAAGGCAUGAUGAACCCAAAUCAGCUUCAGCAGCCUUUUCAAAUCAAUCAAAUCAAUCAAGCCCAGCAAGUGGCUCGGCAGCAGCAGCUGCAGCAGCAGAUGGCUGCCAAUGCUGCCCGUAUGUCAGGAUUCAACAACGGGACAGCACCCUCCAAUAAUAUGCAAGUACCUCAGCAGUAUCAGCAGCCACAGCAGCAUCAACAACAAUUGCAGCCUUCGCGAACUCCUCAGCCACCCAUGUCGAUUCAGAACACGUCCGACCUGACUGAGCCAGAAAAAGCAAUGAUACAUGCUAGGAUUCGUGAAAUGGAGCUCAACAUGUCAAAGGAGCGGAAGGAGGAUAUCGCGAAGAAGGUGGCAACCAUCCCAGCUGAGUCCAGAGCCCAAAUGCACGCCAGGGGCAUGAACCCAAUCCAGGUCUGGAUUCAAGGAGAGGCCAUGAGGCAAUUUCGAAUCGCGAAGCAAAGGUCGCUACAGCAGCAGCAGCAGCAGCUACAACAACAACAACAUCAACAACAACAACAGCAGCAGGUUCAGGGUUUGGGCAUGUCAAAUGGUAUUCAACAAGCUGGUCAAGCACCUCAGAGUGGCAUGUUCCUUCCAGGUGCCAACGGUCAACGACCGAUUCAAACGUUCCAAGGAGAUAUCAGCCAACAGAUCAUAGCCCGGCAACAGGAAGCACUCCGAUUACAGCAAGCUGGUCAGACGGUGGUGCCGGCUAAUCCUGCGCAAGGCCAAGGAAACGCUCAGCAGGCUGGACCACAAUCUCAAAUACAGCAGCAGCAAUUCAAUAGACCAAACAAUAACUGGCAGAGCCAGCCCCAAGGAGCCUUCCAGCAGCAGAAACAAUCUCUCUGGAACGCUGGUCAGAGGUCGCAGAUUCCCUCGAAUCAAGGUCAACAGCAGCCUACCCCACAAAUGCCCCAGGUCACCCAACAGCAAAACAUGCCAGGACAACUGAGUGAAUUAAACGGUAUUAUGAAUAUGGGUCAACAGACACCUUCUUUGCCAACUCUCAACCAACCAUUGGAUCCUACUGGCCAAUCCCAAGCAGGCCCUUCUCCGAGACAGGGCCAACCUAGCGGUCAACAGCAGGGGAAAGUAAGUCAAGGCGCUAUAAAUCAGCCUCCUCCAGCAGGCGCCCAACCAAACAAUGAACAACGACUUCGACAGCUUCCCCAUUGGUUCUCGAACCUGCCACCACAGGUCCAACGGCAUGUAGCCAAUCUGCCAACAGACGAGUCACGGAAAGCAUUUCUAGCGAACUUUCUACGGAAUCAAAACAACCAAAAGCAGGGGAUGGCGCAAGCAGGUGUCCCUAACCCUCAGCAACAGCAAAUGCAGCUGCAGCACCAGCAGCAACAGCAGCAGCAGCACCAGCACCAGCAGCAGCAACAGCAACAGCAGCAGCAACAGCAGCAGCAGCAGCAGCAACAGCAACACACACCGGCGCAGGCGUCGCAGCCUCCACAACAACCAUCUAAUGCAAGCGCUGGGCUUGCCAACAAUCCCAAUGCCCGCGGCGUUGCCAAUACUGGAAAUGCUCAGAAUUGGGGCCCCCAGGGUCCAGAGGCUCAACGGAAUCCCGCUCAAAUGGCCAACCAAAUCAAUGGUCAAAUGCCACAGAAUGUGACUUUGACACCAAAUGAAAUGCGAUACAUGGAUGGGAUGGAAUUCAACCCACAGAUGAGACAAAGUCACCCAGUCUUUGCCCAAAUGCCCGAUAAUGCUAAGACGUGGGGCCAGCUAAAGAAUUUUGCGUCCCAACACGUCCAUGUGCUACCGCCAAACUUCAUGCCUACAGUUCAUCAGCAUCAAGUCAGAGCCUUCCACAUGAGGAAACAAAGAGCUGCUCAAAUGCAACAGAACAGUACCGUCUCUCAGGCACCUACCGCUCCUAUGUUACCAGGGGGCAACCAAGCACCAAUGGCGCAGAUGAAUCAGACCGCCGGUGGAACGUCCAAGAUACAACAACCUACUAUGGCGGAUAUACAGGCAGUGAGGAGCAAAGUUCCAGAUGCAGCAAACAUGCCCGACGACCAGAUACGGAUAAGGUUGAUGAGACAGAAGCAGAUGCAAAUGAACAAUCCGAACAACAACCAACAACAGCAAGCUCACUAUCAGAACAUGAUACGCGCUCAACAACAGCGACAAGCUCAAAUGCCAAAUUCGGCGCCGCAAGUUCCACAAAUGACGCAACCACAGCAUCAACCACAAGGCAAUGCCGCAAAUCAAACAACACAGAAAGCUCCAGAAGCGAACAUGAAUCAGAACAAAGCCCCCAAGAGCAAUCAAAAGGGCGGCGCAAAGCGCGCAAACACAAGCGAUGAGGUGGUAGAAAUAGCAAAUCCACAGCUUCCAAAGACUGGCCCUGCAACCAAGGCAAACCAGCCGGUUCAUACCCCCAAAGAAAUGCCACAUUUCACUGCCCAACAAAUAAAUAGUAUGACUGAUCAACAGAAACGGCAGUUCCUCGCACAGCAAAACCAGCGGCAGCAACAAGGCGCGUCCGUUACUCAACCUCCACAGCCUCCACAGCAACCCAAGAAUCUCGCGAACCCAACCAGGCCCCAGAUGAGUAAUCAGACCCAGCAACGUUUUCGACAAUUGUCUGCAGAGGUUGCACAAUCGAUGCCACAGCGAAAAGCUGUGCCAAUGAAUGCAAAGACAAGGUUGUCAAUGGUACAAAAGCUAAAGGAAAGCCAGAAGAUAUUGGACCAAGCUCAAACCGGUCUACUAUUUCAUCUCAGUGUAUUUGGAGAUGAACAAAAAGUGAAAGAACUUGCACGCAUGCACCUUUUGUUGAAAGCACAGGUCCGCGACAGAGACAUGACGCCCAUUGAAAAUUUUACCAUCACCGCGGCUGAAUUGGAUCAGAUUCUCAUAACACUCAAACAAACUUUGAGCAAUGUUAUGUCACAACUGCAAGCAAGACAGGCACAGCAAUCUGCGGCCAGCCAACCCAGCCAAGCCGGCCCAGUGAAUAACCAGUCUCAAGCACCUACACCCACGAACACACAACCACAGAAGUUGACAGCUGAAGCACUGAAACAGCAACAGGAGGGCAUACAGAAGUCUCGGGCUGAGAAUUUGCAAAAGAACAAAGGCGAUAACAAGCCCCCAGCUGCUCCUACGAACUCACAGCCACCAUUCCCACUUGGUCAACAAUCGCCCAAUGGGGCUCCGUUCUAUUACCCUAAUAGUACCUUGACGCAGGAACAAUUGAGGAUGCCUCAGCCAAAGAAGCGCAAGGGCAACAAUCAAGCCAGCGCUGCAGGCACACCUGUAAAUGCUGCCCAAACACCUUCUCAGCAGGUAGCAUCCCCUGCGAAAAUCGAGUCACCUCAAGCGCAGCGUGCCCCGCCACCUCCCAAAUUCAGAUGCACAGUGGACAACUGCAAACAGAAACCGGCAUUCGAUUCUCAAGCAGAGCUUAAUCAACAUGCUGCUGAAGCUCAUUCACCACGGUUUGACGACUUUACAGAUCCCCUUGCUUUCUGUCUGGAAGCCCUACGAGACGUUCUUAGUCUCGACGAGAACGGAAAUGCACGACCUGUGCCAGAAAGCUCUCAGGCUCAGUCAUCGGCCAUGAAAAAGACACCUUCGGCUCAAGGUCUUCAGGCUCAAUCGACUGCCAUGAAAAAGUCGGCCUCGGCUCAAGACUACAUCAAGCCCGAAGCCUCAACACCAAUGUCUCGAAAUCCCACAAGCUCCGGAAAAUCUCCAUCCAGUCUCAAAACGCCUCAAGCGCAAGUCAAUGCCAAGUCGCCUUCCCAAGACACAAAGCCAAAAGAUCAAAAGAACAAUGUCAUCACUACGCCUCCAACUCCUGACCCUUGGGCCGGCGCUCAAGUUCCAGCAGACUGGUUUAGCAACGUCUUCUCACCCUUGAAAGACCUCAAUAGUGGGGUAUCUGGCGACCAUGACGCUGGAAUUGACGACGACUUCGUCAAAAUUUGGGGCUCAUCUCAUCAAUUCGAGAUGGACAGGCCUGAUCUCCCAUUCGUAGAUUGGGGAGACAGCCCGCAUGAUAGCGACAUCAGUACCGGCGCGGAUCUUAACAUCAAUUUGACGGCCAGCGACGCCAUCAUUACCAAUACCGUUGGCGAAACAGAGAAUGGUGGGACAGGGGCCACAGUAGGCAACGAGGGUGAUCGCAGCUACAUCCCUCCCGAGUGGCUCACCAACGGUAUCACUGCCGACAGUAUCAAUGCCAGCAUGAUAGAUCCCAUCCUUGGGAUGAAAUGGGAAGAUGCUUUCCCAACACCGCCAUCAACGGCGACGGAAGUUGGGGAGAGCAGCCCCAAAACUCGGAAGCGAGUGGAUGGGAAAGAGAAGGAGGAAGAUCUGGUGAGUGAAAGAGUUCUUGAAAUUCUAUGCACCAAAAGAAUUGGAGGAACGGAAGGCGAAGAAGGGGAAGGGGAGAAGGUAGAAUUGUGA